AUUGCUUUUGGGAGUGCGCUUAAUUUGAGUAGAGCGUUGCGAAUUGCUCAUGGUAGUUGUCAUUUUCUGCCGAGCUCCAUCUACUUGAAUUGGUCUUUCUCACAUAGUAAGUACUUUUAUUAAUAAACAAGAAAUGGAUGGAAUCGUCACUUAUGAAUCCUCUUCCUCUGAUGAUGAUAUUCCCAAACAAGACACUGCUCCAACACAACUUUUAAAAAGUCGUUUAAUUAAAUCAAUCGAUGUUGCGCCAGUUGUGGAGCACAGGGUAAUGUGUAUGAAUGUCAGUGUGAUCGGUUUUGUUUUUAGGAUGAAUUUCUGUCUCUUGUGCCUGUUGACCCACAAUCUCAUGAACUUAUUCAUAAUCCUACUUAUGAAGAAUUAUUCGCACCAUCUUUCGGUCCAGUCAAUCCGUUUAAAUCUGAAAAACAAUUGGCUCCUAAAAAUACUUUAACUGGAUAUGUUGAAGAGGCUCACGUUAAUAAGUUUGCUUUUGAAAACCAACAUAGAACUUUUAUGACUUAUGGUUACGCAGAAGAUCCUUCUGUUGAAGGAGGUGCUGAUCGACGUUUAGUUGGGGAGACAGAAAGUAUGGCAGAAAAUGAAGGAAAAACUGCAUUUGAAAAGCGCCAGAAACGAAAAGGUGAUCUACGUAAACGUGAUAGUAAUUGGGACCCAACAAGUGAAGAUUAUACUGGACCGUGGGCUAAAUAUAAAGAUGAAGUAACUGUUUCGGUUCCUUCUGAAGAGGACCGUGUUUAUUUGGAAGCAUAUUUAGCAAAGAAAGCUAGCAAAAGAAAAGUUGUCGAAGAAGCUCCAGUUGAAGAAAAAUCUACACUGCAUAUACCAACACCAUAUGAUUAUCAGGGUAGAAGUUUCUUGCAUGCACCACAUGAUAUACCGAAUGUAAAUUUACGAGCAACUGAUCCACCAGAACGAUGCUUUUUACCUAAAAGACAAAUUCAUGAAUGGAUUAGUGCACACGCACGUGGUGUUGCAGCAAUUCGCCUGUUCCCUCAUACUGGUCAUUUAAUGUUAUCUGCUGGAAUGGAUUCAAAGAUUAAGCUUUGGGAAUUAUACAAAGAACGUCGAUUAAUUCGUAGUUAUAUGGGUCAUCGUCAAGCUGUUCGUGAUGUAUCAUUUAAUUGUAAUGGAACAGCAUUUUUAAGUGCAUCUUAUGAUCGUUAUGUAAAAUUAUGGGAUACAGAAAUUGGUAAAUGUACAAAUCAAUUCAAUUUAAAACGUGUUGCUUAUUGUGUACAAUUUAAUCCAGAUGAAGAUAAACAACAUUUAUUUUUAGUUGGUUGUGCUGAUAAAAAAAUAUUAUGUUAUGAUACGCGUAGUGGUGAAGUUGUCCAACAGUAUGAUCGUCAUUUAGGCGCUGUCAAUGCUGUUGCAUUUGUGGAUAAUAAUAGAAGAUUUGUUUCAACAUCUGAUGAUAAAUCGUUACGUGUAUGGGAAUGGGAUAUUCCAGUGGAUUUUAAAUAUCUUGCUGAUCCUUCUUUACAUUCAAUGCCAGCGGUUAGUGUUUCACCGAAUGGGAAAUAUUUAAUUUGUCAAUCUCUUGAUAAUCAAUUAGUUGUAUUUAAUAUAUUUGCCGGUUUUAAACGUAUGCGUAAAAAAAUCUUUCGUGGUCAUAUGGUAUCAGGUUAUGCAUGUACUGUAGAUAUGUCACCAGAUAUGCGUUAUGUAAUCUCUGGUGAUGGUGAUGGUUAUUUAUGUUUAUGGGAAUGGAAAACAACUAGAUUAUUAACAAAAUGGAAAGCACAUGAUGGUGUAUGCAUUAAUUGUGCAUGGUUACCACAUGAAACAUCGAAAGUAAUCACUGCCGGUUGGGAUGGAAAUAUACGUCUUUGGGAUUAAUUUUCUUUGCAUAUAUUUUUUCUAAAGAAUUAAUAUCAGAUUAUAUUACCAUUCCAAUGUGUAUAUAUUUCUUUUCCUUGAUAUAUAUCCGUAAUAAAUGUCUUUAAUUCAAA